AUCCUUUUUGUACAGCGACGCUCUUCAACACCUUUCUUUCACUUCCUUACUGAUCAUCGACAUUGUCCAUCCCACCAUGGCAUCCCUUGAACCAUCAGCUGCAGUCAACGACGCUACCACAGAGGAAGUUUUGGCUUCCAAACUCGAGCAAUUAGACACAAAGAACGAGAACAAUGCAGAUGAUGCUGAGGAAGUUCAGACGGUAGAAGAAAGGGCCACAGAUCUUCUGGAAUCCUCCUACAGUGUUGUGGUGAAGUUGGCCGAUCAGCAAGCAGACUCGAGUUCACCUCUUUACUCUGCCAAGUCAUUUGAAGAUCUCGGACUCCACGAGGACCUUCUCAAAGGUAUCUACAACAUGAAAUUCGCCAAGCCUUCUAAGAUCCAAGAGCGCGCUUUGCCCCUGCUUCUCCAGAAUCCUCCAAGGAACAUGAUUGCCCAGUCCCAGUCAGGAACCGGCAAGACCGCGGCUUUUGCCCUCACCAUCUUGAGCCGCAUCAACUACAGCUUGAACGCCCCUCAGGCUCUGGUCCUGUCGCCCUCCCGCGAGUUGGCUCGUCAGACAAUGGAAGUCAUCCAGGAGAUGGGGAAGUUUACCCAGGUCACGACCGCCCAGGCUAUCAAGGACGAGAAUUUGCCGCCCAAGGUGACGGCGCACGUCAUCGUGGGUACUCCAGGCACCGUGACAGAUCUUAUUAAGAGACGUGUUCUUGAUCCCAAAAACAUUCGACUUUAUGUUUUGGACGAGGCCGAUAACAUGCUGGACUUGCAGGGUCUCGGGGAUCAGAGCAGACAACUGAAGAGGUUCCUACCCAGGGACUGUCAGAUUGUCCUUUUCUCCGCAACAUGGGCUGACCGUGUCCGCAAAUUUGCAGAGGAGAUUGCGCCCAACGCCAACCAGAUCACCCUCAAGCCCGAGGAACUCUCGGUUGAUGGCAUCAAGCAAUUUUACGUUGAUUGCCGUCAGCAGAUGGGAGGAAACAAGAACCGGAAGUACGACAUCCUGGUUGGGUUGUACUCUCUGUUGACAGUCAGUCAAAGUAUCAUUUUUGUUAAGAGACGUGACACCGCGGACGAAAUUGCACAGAAAAUGUCGGACAAGCACCACGCCGUCGUUUCACUCCAUGGAAAGCUAGAGGCUGCCCAGCGCGACGAGGUCAUCGACUCCUUCCGCGCCGGAAAGUCCAAGGUCUUGAUCACGACCAACGUAAUUGCCCGCGGUAUCGAUAUCGCUAACGUGAACAUGGUCGUCAACUACGACAUGCCUACAGACCAGCACGGCCACCCCGACCCGGAAACCUACCUCCAUCGUAUCGGUCGUACAGGUCGUUUCGGUCGCACGGGAGUCUCGGUCAACUUUAUCCACGAUGACAGGAGCAUGAACGUCAUGCGAGAUAUCGAGGCUCACUUUGACCGUAAGAUGAUCCAACUCCCUGAGGAUCUGGAUGAGGCCGAGGAGAUUAUCAAGAAGGCUAUGAAGUCCGUUUAAAACCACGACUACAUCUCUCUGAACCCAUCGUGGACAACAUACUGAUGAGGAGCAUUGAAAAAAAGUUUAUUAAAAUAAAUUAAAAAAACCCCGUAUUGGG